AUGAAUUUGAAUAAAGAAGAUGUAAUUAUUCUCAUUCAGGAGUAUCAAAAGCGUAGAGUUUUGUGGGAUGCAAAAGAUAAGUGGCAUUUUAAUAAAAAUAAAAAAAACGAUAGUUGGAACGAAAUCGCGGAAUGCCUAAAUAUAAGUGUUGACGAUGCAAAAAAAAAGAUAUCGAGCCUUCUAGGCUCUUUUAGAAGAGAAAAGGCGAAGGGUAGGAAAACUUUGGGAACCGGCAAAGGUGCAAAAGAUAUAUACAAAUCCGACUGGUUUGCUUUUAACAGCUUUGGAUUUCUUAUGGAUAAAGAUGAUCCUAGGGAAACCGUUAGUUCGGAAGACUGGAAAGAAGACGAAACAGUUGAAGCAGUUGAAUUGAUUGAAGAAUCUGGCGAAGACAAUAUACCUAUUAGCAAAAGCAGUGAAUCUGAUAACAUUCAAUCGCCAGAGUGCGCUGCAAAAACAACAAAACGGGUUGUCAGUAGGCAGGAAAAAGUAGGCACAUCGGCAUUCCGGAAACCUUCUACUCCUAAAAAAAGAAGAAAAGAAAAAGAAGAUCCUCGAAUUGAACAAGCUUUCCAAUUAUUGCAACAGCCGAUACCAGAAGAAAAUUCUUCAACUAUUUAUGCAAAGUAUUUGGCCGAUCAACUUGAAAAGUUUAGUCCAGUAACCCAAGCUGUUUUGAAGCAUAAAAUAAAUGCAUUAAUUUUUGAUGCUGAAAUGGAGAAAUAUAAUGCACAAAGAGUGGAAAAUCCUUAUACUGCAAUUUCUUAUUUUUUGCGUAAAUCGGGCAACGACGCUUCCAACCACCAGCCACCGCCCCAUCCCGAAACAUCCGUGGGUGCGAACGAGACGGCGUGCUCGCUCCGGAAGGCGUUUCAGAAAGAGAUCGUGUACGAGGUGACGCAGACUCCGGUCGCAACAGAGCGUUGUCAAGGCGACAGACCAACAGACAUCCUGUUGUGUUAUGUUCUGAUCCUAUACUGCUGA